AUGCGAAAAGACCUCGGCACUUCAUCAAUGUUGGAACGAAGAGAUGUAACAUCACAGGCCAACUGUUCCAGUGGAUUUGACUGGAUGAACAACUCGCUAAAUCCGAGUCAGAGCCCGUGUCUGGUUGCUGCCUAUCUCCGCAGUCCAUGCACUCGUGAUGGAAACGCCAAUGUUGGUGCAUUACCACCCGGUUCUUACCAAGCCCCGACGACUAAUUCAUCGAAUAAGUGUCUAUGCUCUUGGGCUGAAUACAACACGAUUUCAGCAUGUGCCGUUUGCCAAAAUGGUAAAGCACUAACUUGGAACUUUUACACAACGAACUGCAAAAAUCUUUUGUCGAAGACAUAUUUUCCGUUAGACACCAGGAUACCGGCUCUGACUGCGAUCCCUGCUUGGGCAGGGACAGAUCCAUCAUCAUGGUCUGGUGGAAUAUUCAACGUAACAGAAGCUCAGAAUAUCACAAAUGAAGGUCAACCGGACAUAACAGAGGACAAUCGGAACCCUCCAUUCGAUGGUACAAACCAUUCAAAUACAAAGAUAAUUGUUGGUGCCGUCGUUGGCGGUGUAGCUUUCUGUCUCAUUGUUGCGGGGCUUUGGUACUUUGUUGUGCGAAAGAGAAGGCGACGAGCCUUUCGAGGAAUACGUACCGACAUAGAAAUACGUUCCAUGUUCUCAGAAGGAUCGGAUCAUAGUCCUGCGAUUGAUACCUCUAUCUCUCCGUUGCCUAUCUCCGCUUUACCUACGGAAACACUCGCAGUUGCGGGAAAGAAUCGUGGAAAUUUGGGAGAACCGAGGUCAUCAACGGACGGAACCAUACUCUCGAGCACUGAAAUGUCAUCUACUCCCAACUUCGAUAGACAUACUCCUGAGGGCACAUCCGGGGUACUCCAUUCACCUGAACGAGAUAUGCCGCCACCUACAUAUACAUCGAUAGUUUCGACAAGUGAUGUACAUUAG